AAAAAUCGUUUCCUUGGUUCGCGGCGUGUAGAGACAGAAUGUGUUCUCGAUACUCGAACGAGGCUAAAUUCUGAAUGCUGUCGUGCCAAGAUGGGAUGCAACUUUUUUGUCUAAAGUUAUUUUUUGUUUUGCAUUUUAGUUCACCCUAACCAUAACCUAAUUUGAUAAGUCAAUUUUGACAAAAGCUGUAUAUUUUCUAGACAAAACCACAGAACGUAAUAUAAAUUCCGAGAAUGUAAACGCGAUUUAUAUCACAUAAUAUGUGACCUGGUGGAUUUGUUGUUACUCUUUUCCUUAUCGGACUAAAUUGAUGUACCCAGGUGUGCGGCCUAGUAGUAGGCCUACAUUUACAGCACCACCUAGGAUUAUGCAAACUUCAAAUAAUAAGCAGUGUUGCUGCUUUGUCUUAUUUAUUUGUACCUGUCAGUGCUUAUGUGGAAUAAAGUUGAUGAAUCGAAGAUAUGAUGCCGCCUACACACCAUAAGGGAUGAAGUAACUGGCAAAACAAUGUUGAUCUGAUUUCAAAUACAUUAGUUAAGGAUAUCAUCAGAAAGGGAUGUUAGAGAUGGACAGGGUAGCUCAUGCAGAAGAUGAGCCCAGAGGAGGGACUGGGUUAGUGGAUGCCUUUAAGAUCCUCUCUAAGGUCCCAUACGAGAGACAGCUAAGCCUGACUUUCAAGUUGGGUGAUAGCCUGGCCGAGGAGCUGGUACAUGCCAUGUCUCUCAUCCAACUCGGGAAGAGGUCAGAGGCACUGAACAAGCUCCAGGCUUUGGGAGACAACAACAUCAUUGCUAACCAUCUGGCUGAAAAGGUGAGAAUGUGUGGAGUCAAGUUGGAGGACUUAACAGUGAGCAUUGUUCCUUUCCAAGAGUGUACCGUGGGCACCUUAGCAGACCUAGCGAGGAUUUUCAAGGUGUUGGCUGAGGAGAGGUUGUGUGACUCAUCUCUGAGGGAUUUGGCUUACCAGACAGCUCUAGCCACAUUCAAGAACAAGAACAGUGGUGAAGAGAGUUCCGAAUCAGAAUACAUACAGAUGCAGCUGAGAGAAGAAGCCAACAGGGUCUGUGGGCCUCAGAUUGAGGACACAGUUGGGGGGAUGUGUUUCCGUAAGGACUCCUCAUCAGGCCUUUGCUCCAUCCCGACGCUGGACCAAGGGAGCACAGCUUUACAAAAACCAGGCUUUCCCAAUCAGACAGGAAGUGGUCACAGUCCGCCGUCCUCCCUACGGGACGACAACUCCAUAUGUUCCUACCCUUCUCACUUGGAGAUCAGUAUAUCCGAAACAGUUGGCUUUAAAACAAGCAACACCCCAGCCUCCUCCAAUGAGGAGCCAUCCCAGCCUCCUCCAAUGAAUUUGGAGCCCGUACAAUCACCUGUUACACAUUAUGUUACAAAUACAGGAGAUGAAGGUGCAUUUAAAUACUUUUCCAGGGUUACGUCUCGGGAUAUACCACCCACACAAGAUGUGCCUAAGCUUGUUAAAGGAGAAAUGGACAGAGUUACAAGUGUUGCAGUGUCUUGUGAACACAGAACAGGGUCAGAGGUGAGAGUUUCACCCCUUUCUCCUGGCAAUUUCACUCCAGUUCAGACUAAGUUCGAUAACACUGAGAGUCCAAACGCACAUUCCAAACCAUGCCCAAAAAAUAACCUUGUGCCUCCCUCAAACAACAAUAGGCCAACUUCUCAUCCAACUACCACUGAACCAGUGUCAGCAAGUGUUCCAUUGAAAACCCCAAAUCAGGAGGAGGAGGAGGAAGUGUUUUUCUCCUUUGUCAUCCUGCAUGCAGCAGAGGAUGUGGACAUGGCUGAGAAGUUUAAAGAGGAACUAGAGUCUAUAGUUGGUGGUGAAGGAGCAACCUUCUCUCAGGACUUUGCCAUCCCAGGCAGGAACACCCUCAUGUGUGUGGAGGAUGCCAUCAACAAUUCAGCCUUCACUAUCCUGAUGCUUACUCGCAACUUCAACACCCGUCUGCUGGAGGUAGAAACCAGUUCUGUGCUCAUGAAUGCCAUUGAGAACCUGCACAAGUACAAUACUGUCAUCCCUUUUCUGCCACAGGAGAACCGUAUGCCCCGAGAGAACAUGCCCAAAGUUCUGAGGAUCUUUAUUCCGUUAGAGGAAGGUAAUGCCUUUGAGAGAAAGGCAAAAAGGGCCAUGGCUCCAGCAAGGAUUGCUAAACAGAGGAGGUUGUGGUUGAGCGAGCAGGCAGUGAGGGCGCAGGUUAGGAGACAGGAGAGACUACGACUAGAGGAAAGGCUUCAAAUGGAUUUAAUUCGUGGUCAGGAGACGGAAAGAAUGCAGAGAUAUUUGUUGCAACAACAACUUUCCAAUCAACCCUCGACUCCCGCAAUGCCUCACUUUACUACUGAUCCAUUUUUAGGAAGUACACCUAGAAAUGUGUCCAAUAUGUCAGUGACACCACUGCAACAUGGGUGGAGUCACCCACCAGGAAACAUCCACAUCCAGAAUGCUCGCUAUAUCAUGUUUGGGAAUGACUCUAAAAUGACUGUCGGACAAGGAGGGGACAGCAGUGGGGAUGAAGAGGACAGGUUCUAAAUUUAAUAUGAUGUAAUAAAGAAGAGGGUUAAAUGUGGUCUUGUGAAAGCUAGUUAUUCUGGAGUAAUCAUUUAGGAGUAUAUUACACUUUUGGGACAGAUAUCCUGUUUAUUUUCUACUUGAUGGCCAUUUUGUCUAUUGCUGGUGUUUUUGUAUUGAGUAUGAUCAUAGUUCAAUGUUACAUUAGUUGAUUACUUAAACAAAUAAUUUCUGAUGCCCUGUUCCAUUUAAGUGAAAGUUCUCAUUUUGAAUCAACUGUCAUCGCUUGCAAAAGCUAUCAUUUUAAAUCUGGAGACAAAGGUGCAGUCUCAGGUACACUGAGAAUGAGGGGAUUGGUGCAAACUGGUGAAUAGGUAAUACGAUACGUUUGUUGUGGUUUAAUAUAAUUGUUUCUCUUUUAAAAUUGUUUUUUUUUUUUCAUUGUGUUCAAUUACCUCUGAUAUGCAAUAAAUACAUAAGGCUCCAGUU